AUGCACCAGAGGAAACAGGAGCAGGAGAAGGCAGAACGAGCCAGAAGAGAGCAGAAGGCACCCGUCUUUUUGAGGCUCGAGGAAUGCACCAUGGAGACCGUGAAGCUGCACACCGAGGAGGUCUUCAAGAUGAAGUUUAUCCGCUCCAUUGCAGAAGCCCUGCAGAUCCCUAAACAUCGCGUCAAGGUGAAUGGCUUUCAGAAGGGCUCUGUGAAGGUCCUACUAUCGAUUCUGGAGCCCACGGGAGAGGAUGAUGAAGAAUCAGGCGGCAUCACAGCUGACAUGGCUUUGGAAGAGCUCACCGAGCAGGUGGAGGAUCCCAAUAGUCGGCUACGUCUGGGAGAGGUGGGCCCCUUCGUGGUGGCCGCGCGACUGGAUCGAGAUGUGAUUCAGAGUGACCAGGUGAAGGUCGGCAGCAUGGCCGACGCGUACUUGGCCAGCGGACUGGAAGGGGAAGACUAUGAGCUCCCAGAAAGCGCUAAGCAGGCGUGGACCGCUGAAAGUGCCUCCGUCCAGGACAGUGAAGAAGCAGACCCAGACCAAUUAAUCAAGAAGGCGCAGCAGACGGUGGGGACGCGUUGGGGAUCCUCUCGCAUGGAGCAUGGCUCCAUUCAGGCGGAGUCCAAUUUCAGGAGCACAUGCCCUCAUUCCAAAGAAGAUGGCACAUUAGCUGCUUGGGCCAUUCCCUACGAGAAGCAGCCGAUGUAUACCUUCUACGAGCGAGCCUCCGAAGAGAUCGCCAAGGAGCCCAUUAUCCGACUACCCGAAGAGAAGCGAAAGGUGACCAUGACGGCGUCCUUCCAUUUGACGCGGCACCCAGCCACGGGAACGGAUGUGCUGAAAGGCAAGAUCCCUCCGGCGGGCGGUGUGAAGGCCUAUGCCGCCGAUACCUGGUUGGACAAAGAGCAUCUGGGCAUGAAGGAUCCCACUCUACGACCUGGAGAUGCCGAUCUGGAGGAGACCAUCAAAAAGAAAGCCUCAAGAACAGAUCCGCUGGCAGAGUUCGAUGAGGACUCGCCCUCCCCCGCGCAGGUCACACGGCCCACCUCCGCGGCCUCCGCCGCGUCUGGAGCAUCGGCCGGGUCGGAUGCGUCAUCUUCCAAGAAGAAGAAAAAGGGAAAGAAGGCUUCAAAGGAACCCUCAUCUGACCACACAGCGUCUGUGCUUGCCUCUGCGGAGACCAGCAAAACAGAGGCCGAGACCUCCAAGACCGAUUCUUUGACUGACGAAGGGGAGGCUGAUCCAGAGGUGGAGGGCAAGAAAGAGAAGCCGAAAAAGAAAGGCGGCAAAAAGAAAGGAUCGCAGGAUACCGAUGACAUGGGCCAAACGGCUGAGAGCUUCGCUUCGGCGGCCUCCGCCGCCACGGCACAGAGCGCCGUCACGGAUGAAAGUGAGGUAGACUCCCCCAAAGCCAAGAAAAAACCCAAAGCCAAGCCAGCUGCGAAGAAGGAGCCGGUGUCACCCUCAACGAAGUUGGAAGUUCCACCUGGAGCCGAGCCACCCGGCCGGAAGAAGAGCGAUGCCGACGUGGUCACGAGCGCGGCGGACGAGACCGAAGUGGUGGUUCCGGGCAAGGCCAGCCCCACCUCACCAAAGCCGACUGACUCUGCCCGGGCGUCGCCCAAGAAAGGCGGAGGCGGUGCACGCCGGUCUGCAAAGCCAGGUGGAUCGGAAGGGUGCGGACUUCAAGGAAACGGCCCAAUUUGA